CGCAUCUCUGUGCCCCGCCGUCGGGCGUCUGCUGACGCUGUGCUGCGCUGCAGUCCCUGACGAGAAGUGUCGGCGGAGCUCGCGAAAGCUGCUUUUCGUUUUGCAUUCGGGACCCUCGGCGAACCGUUACACCUCUCCCAGGUAACUCUGUCUGAAUUUUCCAGCUGCAGAAUGUAUAGUACCUUAAAAGGUUGUCCAUGAUGAAUAAACUCAAAUUAAAGGAAGACAAGAUGCUGGAGGUUCAAUUUGUGGGAGAUGAUGAUGUUCUUAAUCAUAUUCUUGAUAGAGAAGGAGGCACUAAAUUAAAGAAGGAGCGAGCUCAGCUUUUGGUCAAUCCACAAAAAAUAAUAAAGAAGCAGGAAUAUGAUGUGGAUGAAGGUGACCAGGAGGUGUUAAAGGAUCAGAACUACGUGGAGGUUUUGGGAAGAAACGUUCAAGAAUCUUUGAAAAAUGGCUCUGCUACAGAUGGUGGGAAUAAAGUCUAUUCUUUUCAGAAUAGAAAAUGCCCUGAAAAGAUGGCUGAAUUAGCUUCUGAACUAGCAAAAACACCAAGAAAAACUGUUUCAUUCAGGUUGAGAAAUGAUCCUGGAAUUAUAAGCAUUCCUCAGAGUAGCAAGGGGCAUUCCGCUUCAGACAAGGCUCAGCCAAAGAACAAUGGCAAAAAUGAAUUGCAGUCCUCACCACCUCGUAAUUUAAGAAAAAGAUUAAAAGUUCCAAGGUCUCAUUCUGACAGUGAAAGUGAAUAUUCGGCUUCCAACUCAGAGGAGGAUGAAGGGAUUGCACAGGAGUCUGAGGACACAAAUCCGUCUUUUCUCAGCCAGAAGAUUGAGACUCAGAGUAGAAUGUCAGCUCCUAUCUGCAGAGGAACACCUUCUAAGAAAAUGAGAAGAGAUAAAACUUGUGACUUACUGGAAAAAUACUUUGAAGCUCACAGCAGUUCCCAAGUCUUGACCUCAGACAGAACCCUGCAGAAGCUGAGGAGAGCUGCCCUGGAUCAGCAAACUCUGCGUAACUUACUGAGCAAGGUUUCCCCUUCCUUUUCAACUGAACUUAAACAAUUAAAUCAACAAUAUGAAAAAUUAUUUCAUAAAUGGAUGCUGCAGUUACACCUUGGUUUCAAUAUUGUGCUUUAUGGUUUGGGUUCUAAGAGAGAUUUACUGGAAAGGUUCCGAACCACCAUGCUGCAGGACUCUGUCCAUGUUGUCAUCAAUGGCUUCUUCCCUGGGAUCGGCGUGAAGUCGAUCCUGAAUUCUAUAACAGAAGAAGUCCUUGAUCACAUGGGUACUUUCCGAAGUGUUCUGGAUCAGCUAGAUUGGAUCAUAAACAGAUUUAAAGAAGAUUCUGCUUUAGAACUUUUCCUUCUUAUCCACAACUUGGACAGUCAGAUGUUGAGAGGAGACAAGAGCCAACAGAUUAUUGGACAGCUGUCGUCUUUGCGUAACAUAUACUUGGUGGCAUCUAUUGAUCACCUCAAUGCUCCUCUCAUGUGGGAUCACGCAAAGCAGAGCCUGUACAACUGGCUGUGGUAUGAGACCACCACAUACAGACCCUACACCGAGGAGACGUCCUACGAGAACUCCCUGCUGGUCAAGCAGUCCGGUGCACUCCCACUGAGCGCCCUGACGCACGUCCUGCGCAGCCUUACCCCUAAUGCAAGGGGAAUUUUCAGACUGCUGACGAAGUAUCAGCUGGACAAGCAGGAAGACCCUUCCUACAUGGGGCUGUCCUUUCAAGACUUCUACCAGCAGUGUCGGGAGGCCUUCCUUGUCAACAGUGACCUGACACUCCGCGCCCAGCUGACGGAGUUUAGGGAUCACAAGCUUAUAAAAACAAAGAAGGGAACCGAUGGAGUGGAGUAUUUACUAAUUCCUAUUGAUAGUGGAACGCUGACUGAUUUCUUGGAGAAGGAGGAAGAGGAAGAGGCUUGAAGCUGUCCUCUGCCCUUGAGGCUUCUAUGGGCAUCAUCUGCCCCAGCUUCCUCUCUGAAGCAUAGCGUCGACACCCACACUUGAUUCCUCCCCAGGGUGCAGGACCCGCCUGGGCCGCCUGGGGUAGCCGUAUCCGUGGGGCUGGGCUCCGCGGUGCUGAGUGAACGUGCCUUCUUCCUUGGUGACCGCUGGGACUUCCUGCCGGAUGAAGUAUGCUCAGGAACAGUUGGGAAUGGAUGUCUGUGAAUCCUUUUAUACUAGAGAUAUUAGUCCUGAUAUUUUGAAGAGGGCCUUUCAUACUCCCCAAGCUGGUUGUCUGCAGUGUGCUUGUCCCAGAGUGUGAACAGAUGGUGUCCCGUGUGUGUGUUGGGUGUGGGCUGUUCUGACGUGGUUUAGGACAGGUGUCAGUGGAGGGGACCCAGCUUUCCCCCUUUGGACUUGGUCUGAAGGGGACACAGCUGGAAGGAGGGCGCAGAGUGCACGGGAUGCCUGCCCAGCCCGGGAAUACAGUCACCUGUGUGGUGAUCUUGACCUUCAGGUGCAGACAGGAAGCCAGGCGAGAGAAACAAUCCCGAAUGACAUUUUAGUGCUUGUUUUCGGAACGACAGAAAAUGAAACACUUUAUUCUCGUACAUUGACAUUUUUAUUUUCUUGAAUAAUAUGCAGGCGAAUAGCGUAUUACUAACAGCUGGCUGGAAACUCUGCCUUCCCUGUCCAGCAGACAUGAACCCAUAUAGGAUCUUUCUUCCACUUUGAAGCACUGGCCUCAGCCUCUGAUUAUUUACGUGGCCUGUUUGCUUAGGAAAGAAAGCUGAGCUAUGUGUGGCCACUGCCGUGAGCUUCUGGUCUUCACAUAUUCCUUGAAACACUUCACACGUGGAAAUGAAAUGCUUCGUUCAAGUAUGACACAGAACAUCUGUGCUGCAUAGCUUUCUCAUUCACCUAUCUUGUAAACUUCCAUGAAAAUAUUUCUAAAAAUGCUUGUGACUUUUUUUAAUUUUCUUGAUACAUAAUUGAUUUUGUUAAAUCCAUUUAUUAAGGUUUCAGUCUUAAAUAUAACUACUGAAAAUGUCAUUUGUACAUGAACUGAUUUUUUAGAGUUUUUGCCAGUAGUAGAGUAUAUUUAACGAGUGAAUGUGCUUCCCUUUCCUGACCCCAGCAGCCACUUCCGUGUUCUUCUGUUGAUGUCUCCAGCCAGUGGUGGCGAACCCAUGGCACGAGCGCCACAGCCGUGUUACCAUUGGAAGGUUCACCCUCACUGGACUCUGCACAUAUGAAAGGUGUCUCCCUCUGUCUCUGUUUAGAAACAGUGGUAACAUGGUACUUGCUGGUUUGCACCUUGCUUUCUUGUCUUAUAUACAGCUGUUAUACUAUAAAAAAUAUAUAAAACUUUUGUGACCUAAUGUGCAGAUUUUUGCAUUUGCUCUUAAAUAUCUAUGGUUUAUUUUUAUAAUUUUUGUGUCUAUAUACUACUUGAGAGCAGUUAAGUAUAUGUCAGAGUGCUAUUAAUAAAUAAAAGUCAAUUUGAAUAGCAUCAUA